AAACACAACCUGUUUCUUACUGAUUUGUAUUUGUAAAAUUUGAAUACACUAGCAAGGACAAUAUAAACUACUUAAGGUCCGGUUUCAUACCAUUUCUUUUCUUUUUUUCUCAACAUUAUUUUACAGCUACUUGGACUGAUCAGUUGACGGAAAUCUGGUAUUUUAGACGACGCGCAUACACAAUAUGUUUCCUUUCGGCCUUUCGACUGUGUUACUGGUUGUUACACAUAUUUUCCUGGUGUUUGCCAACGUCAACAUUAAUGAAGGUAAUGGCACAUCCAUUCAAACAACAUCAACGUCAGGAAAUAUCACAACAAUGCCCAGCAACAUUACGACAACGCCGAGUAAAUCGACAUCACCUCUCAGUACUACAAACAUGCCUAGCAACAUAACGACAACGCCGAGUAAAACGACAUCACCCCUCAGUACUACAACUCAGCCCAGCAACAUUACGACAACGCCGAGUAAAAUGACAACAUCACCUCACCCCAAUACUACAACCAUGCCUAGCAACAUAACGACAACAACGAGUAAAGUCACAACAUCACAUCACAAUACUACAACCAAGCCAAGUACGCUAACAACAAACUCGAGUACAAUCACGACACAGCCUAGCAACAUUACCACCAUAUCAACUGGGCUGACAACACCAAAGACGCGAACCACAACGCCAACUAACACAACAACUGUAAAACCAACACACAAACCAACUGCGAAACCUCACCAAAGUCACAGAAAAUUCGACGCAUUGUCAUUCGUUGGCGGUAUCAUUCUUGGCUUCGGUGUUGCCGCAUUAAUCAUACUGUCAGUGUUCAUCUGCUGCAAAAGGAAGAAAGGAGAAUAUGCGUCAAUAUAGUGUCAAUGAUGAUAAAGAAAUGUCCAGAUAAUUUCCACAAAUAUUUGUAAACAGAACGUGUACUCCUUCAGAUUAUUUUUAUUGAGAGAAUGUGAUAAUAAAGUAUUUAAGUAAAAUUGAACAACCGACAAAACAAGAGACUAAUCAACAUGUUCAUGGGCACAAAACACUGUGGUCAUAAAAGACCUCUGCAAUUUUACACCUUAGCAAAUGUAAAAAUCCUCUACAGACUAUCUGUUUAAACAUCUACAUAUUAUUAUUACUAAGCAUUAUUACUAAGUAUUUUCGAAACUUUCAAUUUAAAUAGAAAUGAUUAGAUAAAUUGUUAUGUUGUUCAGUUUGACCUUAACAUAACAAGUGGAAGUUUUCCUGACACGUGACGAUAUGAGCACGGGUGUUAGAUGGUUGUAUUGCCUUAAGUCUGUUAUAAAAAGAAUUCUGCAGAAACUGUGACAUUGUAUGUGAACAGUAAGGAAUUUAUCAGAAUUCUAUCGUAGAGAAGAUUAUUUCUUUAUCACAAAAGUUAAAUGGAAAAGAAAUCUGUUUCAUUAUUUAAUUUCCUGAAAUGAUCAUGUUACAUUAAUUCGUUUACUCUUCUAUUAUUACCAAGCUAUGCGUAUUCGUUAUUCAACUGCAUGUUUAAGAUUAUGAAAAUAAAGGAAACUAAAGCGA